AUGGAGACCCCAACGGACAGCCUCACCAACCUCGUGCCUGAGGACAAACUGAGGAUGCCCCGACUGAGAAUGAAUCUACACUGGGUUUGUUCGACGGCGAAUUUGGAGGAGCCUUCAGAUAGGCCAAAGGGUAAAUGGCCAAAGACUGUGACACGACCGAGGAGCAUUACACGACAAAAGAGGAGACCGACGGCAAAGAUCUAUCAGGACGGAGUGAAAUGA